AUGGCGGCUGAGACACCCGAGAAGGACUUGGCCGAGUUGAAGUUGAACGACGCUGAAAAGCCGUCAAAGCAACAACAUAAUGGGGCAGAUGUGCCCUCGAACGGCGAUGUAGAAGGCGGCGAUUCGGACGACGACGAGGGUGACGAGGGCGAGGAUGGACAGCAGACCGGUGCUGGCGAAGGAGCGGCAAAGAAGAAGAAGAAGAGAAAGCCGAGGAAGAAGAAAAAGACUGGCGCUGCGGUGCAGGGAGGUGGUGCGAAAGGUCAGAAGGAGCCGCCAACAGUAAAGGUGUCGGAUCUGUUUCCUGAAAACAGCUACCCGAUUGGAGAAGAAGUCGAGUACAAGAACGAUAAUGCGUAUCGAACAACCAGCGAAGAGAAGAGGGAGUUGGAUCGUAUGAACUCGGAUUUCUUGACAGAAUACCGCCAGGCAGCAGAAGUACACCGAGAGGUUCGAAAAUACGCCCGGAAGAUAAUCAAGCCUGGCAUGAGCUUGACCGAAAUUGCGGAGACGAUCGARAAUGGCACGAGGCAUCUGACAGGACAUAUGGGACUGGAAGAAGGCGACAACUUGCUCGGAGGCGUGGCUUUUCCAACCGGAUUAAGCUUGAAUCACUGCGCGGCACAUUACACGCCGAAUGCUGGAAACAAGAUGAUUUUGAAGCAGGAGGACGUCAUGAAGGUAGACUUCGGUGUGCACGUCAACGGUCGCAUUGUCGACAGUGCUUUCACGGUUGCCUUUGAACACAAAUACGACAACUUGCUCGCUGCUGUUAAGGAUGCCACAAACACGGGAAUCCGACUAGCAGGAAUCGAUGCCCGGCUAGGGGAAAUCGGRGAGGGCAUUCAGGAAGCCAUGGAAUCGUACGAGGUUGAGAUCGAUGGAACCACAUACCCUGUCAAGUCUAUCCGCAACCUGAACGGCCACACGAUCGGACAAUUCAGCAUUCAUGGCGGCAGUGCUGGGAAAUCGGUACCAAUUGUCAAAGGAAGUGGGAACGAGAAGAUGGAGGAAGGCGAAGUCUAUGCCAUUGAGACGUUUGGCAGCACAGGGAAGGGCAUUGUGCGCGAUGACAUGGAAACCUCCCAUUAUGCAAAGAUCGCAGACGCACCAAAGGUCGCCCUGCGUGUGGCAUCAGCCAAGACACUGCUCCGCUCGAUCGACAAGAACUUUGGCACAUUGCCAUUCUGCCGGCGGUACCUCGAUCGGUUGGGUCWCGACAAGUACCUUUUGGGUCUGAACAACCUGGUGCAGUCAGGCAUUGUACAGGACUACCCGCCACUGUGUGACAUCAAGGGCAGCUACACGGCGCAGUAUGAGCACACGAUUCUUCUUCGGCCGAACGUCAAGGAAGUGAUAAGUCGCGGCGACGACUAUUGA